AUGUCCAUGGAUCAUGUCCAGCCUCCUUCUAGAUAUUGUUUCUUUUCACCGCCGAUCAAUUUGAAGAAAUUUCUAGAUGACGCGACUCAAGCCGAAGAUUCUUUAUAUUCUUUCUUCAACGAAGCAGCCUUUGAUGAACAAGAUGUACGGGAAACGUUUGUCAACUUUUUUGAUAACAACCGACAGAACGUGGUUGAUGCACAAAGAGGGGUGGUUGAAGUUGAGCAAGUUUUAUUUAAAUUAGAUGCACUAGUAAUUUAUUAGUUUACAGUUAUUAAGAUACUGUAGUUUACUGAAACUCCGUAGCUUAAAUGUUUUAUUUCAGUGCGAACUUAGAAAAUAUUAUUCAUGAGUACCCAAUGGUUGAGUUUGAACCGACAUUUCCACCGAAAGACAGCAAACAUCGCAGUCAUUUGUAGGUAUACUUUACAUUAUCCUUUACCAUUCUAUAUUUAGAGUGCUAAAUGAACUUCGGAAAGAGACAGAACAGAACACAAGGAUCAAGAACUCUUAUCUACACAGGGGAAGGUAUUUCAAGUACCGUGAUUUUGAUCUACAACGACCUUUAAAGCCGAAAAACACAAAAAAAGCAAAUGAUUUUGUCGUUACAGUAAGCAUGUUAGCUCCUCAGAACGUGAUGUCAUCUACGAAUACAGACAACUCUUUGCGGAAACAAUGUGAAGUUAAGUACAUGGUCACAGGCGACAUGUUACUCAGUAAAUUGAGGGAGAAGGUAUUCUGUCAGGCUGAUUAUUGGUGUAACAAGCAAGAUUACGAAGAUAAUUCCGAUCCUAACAACUAUUUCAUGGUGAGUAUGGUUGUAAAAGUGUUCUUAAAACAGCGGAAGCCGUAUCAUUGGUUCUAAAACUUUAAAAUGUUUUAAAAUUGUAUUAAGAUCUUGUUAUGAUUUAUUUUCUUUUUAGAAUUUGUAUCCUUCUGGCUUCUUCUUUAUCUACGACACUUUUUUUGUUGACAAAACAAAUCCAAAUGCAACAGAUAUAUCAAAGUAGGUUUAUAAGCUGCAAAACAUUUUACAAUUAUUAUUAGACAUAACUUUAUACUGUGUUUACAAUAGUUAAAGUAACUUUAAAUUUCAGAGAAAUCCGAGAAUUUAUGAAGCGCAAGAAAGAUUCGUUCAAAGAGCACUAUGUGGAGGAUAUGACUGAGGUUAAGAUCUCUGAUCUUACUAUACGGUUAGGACAACCAUAUGUGUUUGUACAUCAAGGUAAGUUUUAUUUUUGAAUUGGAAGUUUUUACUAUGUAUAAUUUUGGUUGAAACAGAGAUCCUACAAUUCCUACGUUUUUUUAAAAGGUUUAUUAACAUAUUUUCUACGCUAUAGAAAAUAUGUUAAAGCGUAGAAAAUAUGUUAAUAAACCUUUUGCAACUUGAAAAUUUAAAUUUUAGGUCAUUGUGAACAUUUAAUAAUCUUCACGGAUUUGAGGUUGAUGAAUGUGAAUGACAUUCAAGACCUGUCGUUGUAUCCUGUAAUAUUAUAUGACAGCCGAAAGACUACAAAUUGUUGUGUUUGUAAAGAUAAUGUUGCUGCGUAGGUUUAUGUUUUACAGUUUUUGGUCAGAAAGUUUAUGGAAAAAUAUCUGUUAAGCCUCUAAACUGUUACUGAGACUUCACGGUCUUUUUGGCAAAUAAUAAAUGACUUUGUUUUGACAAUGUUAAUACAAAAUUUUUAGGUUUGUGGUGACGGAAAGCGACAGAAUGCCAGUGAACCCUGGUUUUAUGUGUGAACGAUGCUUCAAGAGGUUUCAUUAUGAACGUAAAAUGAGAAUUGGCGACUUCAAAGCAUAUCACUUUGUUGACAAAGGCUGCUAUGAGUAACGCAAAUUGUAAAUUGAUAGAUCUCUCAACUUGUAAUAUCUUGACAAAUAUGUAUAGUUGUAUAUACUUUUACAUUGGUGCUGUUUGGGAAAAACGGGUCUGACGUUAAAAAGAUUAUUAUACUUCCUCUUACAGUAUUUUUUUCUGCAAGGUUUCUGUAUAUUUUUGAAUUUAUAAUUACUGUAUGAUUUUCACGUUUACUGUAUUUUUUGUUUGUUAACUGUAGUAGCUGACGAUUGUUGACUUUGUUCUCUUAAAAAGCGAAAUUAUUAAUUGAUCUACGUCAUAAAAUCGAUCUUUAAAUCAAGACCUUACACAGGCUAUGCUUUCGAACCUUAAAAUAUUGUAAUUGAUAUAAUAAACGUGACCUGGAACAACUUGACCUCUUGCCACUACAUUACCUACAAAAGAAUCCUGAACUCUGCGGAGAGCUGCAGGUUUUGACAACAGCUGACUGAGAUAUUAAAACAAAAGAAAAAAGUUUUGGGCGGCCGUACAUCAGAAGACGACAGACAGAAGGGGCAGGGUCCCUUAUUCUGUCUAAUUGCGCAUUUUUUGACCUACAUUGCUCUCUUAUCGCUUUGAUUGUGUUUUCGAUUGCGUUAAUUUGUUUUGUUUUCGUUAAUUAUGUUGUCAAUUGCCAUUAAACCCCUUCUUAAGGCCAGCGAUAGAUGAGGACAAUAUUGUACAUGGAUUGAUGGUGUACGAAGACGUCGAGAAUGAGGCCCAGUCGCCCAAAAUCAGCACGAUGGAGCCGACCCAGUACGAGAAGAUUUGCAAAACCUUUUGCAAAGAGGAAAAGAGUUUCAUCGAAGACGUGAGCACUAUCGUGAACGUGUUUAAGAGGAGGUUGGAACAAGGUAUUGGCGGUGAUGCGGCCGGAAAGGUAUGUCAUAGUAGCUUGUUUCUGUUACGUCAGAAAGCACGAUAUGACGUCAUAUUUGUCGUUAUCAAUGAAAAAUAUUGGCAAAGUUGGCCCAAGGUAAAAUUAAACAAUCAAAUAGAAAUUCUUGGUAUUUUAAUAACUUCAAAGUUUGUAAAGAUCGAUUUCUAAGAACAUUUUGACCGGUCGUAAGCUUUUUGAUGUGUAUAAGAAACUAAUGUUUAAUUUCAGAAGAUAAUAACAUCAGUGUUUGGCAAUGUAGGCGAGAUAUACGAACUGGCCAUCAAAAUUCAUCGUACGAUAGAUGAAGGCAUGGAGAUGACAGACCCGCCUUGUAUUGGAGCCGGCUUCAUCGAACUCGCUGAAGGAAUGGAGUUUGAAGCUUUCGUCAAUUUUUCUGUAAGUUUGUAUUAAAAUUUGUUUGUCUGAUUUUUAGGUAACAGUUUAUUCGAAAACGAGUUACAAUCGAUUGACCUACAUGAGGUUAAUAAGAUUAUACGAAAACAUUAGUCCAAUGUAACGUAAAAUUACAUUUUAGUCGAUCUUCGAAGACAAUAUUCACAAGAAAGUGUCUCAACUUAUCCAAGACCCCAAGUACGAGUCCUUCUUUGACCUCGAAGAUCGCACUUACAGUACUCUACCGACCGGUCGCACCUUCAGAAUGGCGGUCAAGUACGUGUUGCCAGCAUUACUGUACUCUGUAGUUGCUCACUUCUACAGUUAUUUGAAGUACGUCAAGAUGCUACAGACGAACAGUUUGUCGGAUCUGGACAAAGAAGACCUAUACAAUUGUGAUGUCAUGCUCAUGCAGGUCAGCAAACAACUCCCGACCAUGGAUAAUGUGUAGGUUUGCUUAAUUGUCAAAGUAUAUAACAGUUGAUUUUAAAUAUUUUGUAAUAUUGGAAUAGAUUUUAUGAUUUUUUAACAUGUUGAUUAUGUUUUGUCACUAUCGAAUUUGGUUUUAGUGAAAAACUUGGUCAUCGCUUCAAGAAAGACUCGGCUUACCCAGUUGGCAUCAUUCCCGAGAUCCAGAAGAGCAUCGAAGGUUGGGUGGGGAAGAAUAUCGGAGCUCAGUGUUACGCGUUUAUUCGAGAAGGCGAUCUUCAGAAGGCACGGCACAAUCAGAAGUUGGCAGGUAAGGUUACGAUACUCUUUAUUUUGGAUUCUUUUGUACUGUAACAUAAACGUUUACCGUAAUAUUAUUCUAGAUAACCUGCUACGAGGCGGUAAGAACUCAUCAGAAGUUCAUGUCUUUCUGUUUGACAACCUUCUGGUUAUCACAAAGUCUACAAAGACGACAAAAAAUGCUGGCUACAGGUACAAAGAUCAGUAUGACAUCAGAAAGGCCGACAUUGUGGAUGUAGCUGAUGAUGAAGGUAGGUUUUUUAACCUUGUUUACUAAUAUUGGGCCAUAUAUCUGAAUCUAAUCUAAUACAAUUGUGAUUUAGAGUUGAAAAAUGUCUUCCGAAUCCGAGCAGGCGCAAAGGGCUCAGAAGUGAAGGAGAUCACACUUUUUUGUCACACUCCAGAAGACCGUGACGACUGGAUGACUUCCUUAAUAGAGAUGCAGACCUCGGGUAUCUUAACCAGAAUGAGAGACGCUUAUCAGAAGGAGGAGGAGAAGCGGAUCCCACUCAUGAUCCCCACACCUUCUGAAUAUCGCUACGCAGAACCUGACAUGGACGAGAAUAUCAUCUUCGAGGACUACACACACAGCGGGGUACCAGUGGUCAGAAGUGGUACCAUUCUGAAGCUCAUAGAACGUCUGACCUAUCCUCAUUAUGUUGACAGUGAAUUCCUGAAGACUUUCAUGACAACAUACAGGUCGUUCUGCUCUUCCAUCGACCUUAUGAACUACUUGAUCGAAAGGUUCAGUAUACCUGUUCCACAAGUGUUCGCUUACUUAGACCAGCAGUUCACAGCUCCGGUCCAACAUAACAAGAGUGGAGGACCAUUGGCUGGUCGUUAUGACACAGUACAGUCUCACGGAUGGUCUAGCUACAAUCAGAUAUCGCCGGACAACCUGGAGCAAGCCUUCCAUCGCUUCAGAGAAGAGUUCCAGAAGCCUAUUCAGCACAAAGUGAUGCAGAUAAUGAACCACUGGGUACGGUAUCACACCUACGACUUCAUCGACCCGGACUUGUGUCAGAAGAUGAAGGACUUCCUGAACGGCAACAUCGUGAAGCUGUCGAAUAACCAGAAGAAGCUGUCGGCCAAGAUUCUGGAUGCGUUGGAGAAGAAGCUGAAGGAGACCGACCCAUCGUUGCCGACAGAAGACAAGGUCGAGGAGAAGAAGGUGGAGAUCGCCUUCUCUCAAGACGUUCCCGAAGUUGUGUGGCACACUGCGAAGCAAGGUGACAUCGACAAUUAUGACAUCUUGACAUUGCAUCCUCUCGAGAUUGGACGACAAGUCACUUUGCUACACUUCUAUCUGUACAAAGCCAUUAAACCGAUUGAGUUGGUGGAUGCAGCCUGGACUAAACAGGAUGAGAAAUACAAAAAGAGUCCACAGUUACUCAAGUUGAUCGAUCACAGUACUAAGGUAGGUUGAGUUGGAUUCGGAAGAUUUUUAAUAUUAUAUAUAAUAUUUUUAUCAGUAAAUAUUCCUGCAGACAUAACGCUGAUUUAAAAAUAUUAAAGUGAAGCUACUGUUGUUGUAAUUCCUAAAUUUCAGCUGACAUAUUGGGUAGCCAAGUCUAUAAUCGAGACCAAAUCGAUUGAAGAACGUGUGGAACUGUUCUCCAGAAUCCUGGAGAUCAUGUGUGUCUUCGAAGAGCUGAACAACUUCAAUGGUGUAGUCGCCUUCUACUCGGCUCUGAACUGUAGCUCCGUCUUUCGUCUGAAGGACAGUCAAUCUGUGAGUAACUUAAGAAUUACUAUCUAAAAUAAUAUUAAGUAAUCGUAUCUUAUACGUCUUACACUGGAAAGCACUAGUAAUCUGUUCAAUUACUGCCACUCUAAUUAACCCUAAUCUUGUUCUGAACCUUAAUCUCUUCUUUUCAGCGUUUGGACAAAGAAAAACAGGCGUGGUACGGUAGAUUCCAGAAGCUGUGUGACCCCCACUGGAAGGAGAUGCUGCAAAGACUGCGCUCCAUCAAUCCACCUUGUGUACCAUUUGCUGGAACAUAUUUAAGUCAGAUAUUCUUCUUCAAAACCGGCAGAAGCACCUACCAUCAGACAGAGAACGACAUUCACGACGACGAUCCUGAAGUUCACCAUCGGAAGCUGGUGUCCUUCGUCAAGUGUAGAAAGAUCGCGGCCGUGAUAAGGGAGAUUCAGAUGUAUCAGAAUCAACCGUACGCUUUGAAAGUGGAGCCAUCGAUCAGGGUGAGUACAAUAGUUAUUACCUAUUCUUAACUACAUUUGCUGAUUGUUAGAUGGGUUGUAGUAGAUAUUUUGUUUUAAUGUGUAAAUUUAAAUGUUUCAGCAAUUCUUCGAGCAAAUAAAUCCAUUGGAAGGUUUUGAUGACAAAGAUGAGUUUGAAGCCUAUUUGUACGACAGAUCUAUCGAGAUAGAGCCGCGAGAAGGUGGUGCAGUUGAUAACGGGGUAAGUAACGUUUGCUUCAUAUAUAGUUCGAUGUGGUAUAAACAAUCUUGUUAAUAUUAUUCAAAAACUCAUUGUUACCUAAUUAUAACGUUUCAGAAGCCAAAACACAGUGCAGAAGACCUGAAGUCUCCUGGUAUCAAACCGAAGAGUGCCAACUCCAACUUCCAGCGUUCCAGAAGUCACAACGCGUAUCAUUCGCAUACAAUGCCAGCACCUUUCCCUCACAAACCAGCUCCAAAGUCAACUCUGACCUCACCUGUUCAGAAGAGUCCACCAGCUUUGUCGCCAACAGAUGAGAAUCCGUUCGCCAUUCUCGACAUCAGUCCAGGACAUCAUCCGAAAUGGGUUGGCGAUGCUCACGGUCGAGUGAACCAAGCCUUCACCUCGGACUACAUCAUGGCUCAACCUCCACAUUCAGCUGGUCUAUGUUCAAGUACUUCUCCCAACGACCCCAGAAGCCCAGCGUCAGCUAAUUCAACGACAACUCCCAACUCUUCACGACGACUUCCACCAGCUCCGCUAUCUUCACAUGAAACUCGGUUCGCUUUUCCUCCUAUUCACCCCCAAUCAGCAUCAAAAGCUAGCCAUAAAGGUAUACCUAAUGUCACAAAUGCCACUUUCAACCUUUCACAACCUCCAUUACGCAAAGAUCCUACUGGUUCUUCACAGACGCUACCGUUACGGAAGCCACCAGCUCCUACCCCAAGCUCGCCACCAUUGUCGGUGCCUCUGAUGGGUAGAAUGGAGGAUUCAGGUAGGAGAAUAUUAUUGAUUGAAGUAGUUGUUGAGCAGUGGUUAAUUGAGUUUGGAAAAAUAUUACUUUAGCGUUAGAAAAGGUUUUUAUUUGAUACCAAAAAUUUUAUUUUAGAAAAUCAUCCAGAUUUUUCUGUGUCAUUGGACGAACACACUUCUUCUGUUCCUCCACGGCCAGCUCCCUUAGGUAAACAAAGUUAACACUUUUAAUUACAUUACUUAAUGAAUUUUUGGGUUUUUCGCUUCAUUUUUUUAAACAUAAUACGUAAUCUUAUGCUUAAAAAAGUUAUAGUUUCAGAAGACAACGGUUCUCCUUCGCCACGAUCACCCACAGUUAGCCUGAUGGUACCUUUGCCAUCUUCAGCUGGUGGACGAUCAGAACAAUCUGAUGAAGCGAUGGCUCCACCCCGGCCUCCAAAGCCUUCAGGGCUUUCACGAAACCCGUCAACGGCCGGAGCGACCAGUAGCCCCAACGACGAGCUGAAGGUACCACCACUGCCGCCGAAGCCGCGCUCCGCCCCCUCGCUGGAAACCCGCCCCGCCGAAGAAAGCCUAGUACUAGACGCCCCGCCCUUGCCUCCCAAACCCAAGCUCAACAAACCGUGA